CGAGUACUUUAAUUUGUACACGAGCUGAACCCGUCGUCGUCGCGUCGUCGUAACACACUCGUAGCUCGACGUGUAUCACAGUCAUUUCGCGAUUCUCUUCGUCAAACGCUCGGAUCCUCGUCUAAUCGUUCUCUCUCGAUCGUUGGAUUUUUUUAUCGUAAAUUAGUCAGUUCGGGUCAAUUUUCGAUCAAUUUCAACGAGUCUGAGAUCAAUAUCCUCGCAUUUGUACGAGUUAAUUUUAAUCAGUCGUUUCGUGUUUAUUUUUCGUUUAAUUCGUCGAAUCGUGAAAGCUCGAGAAUUUAUUAUUGCUGCCAACAUAGUGAACUUUUUCGAUCAAUUUCCAAUCAAUUUUAUACACCGAUUGUUGCGACUUGACUGUUGACAAUUUAUACCUAUAGUACUUAACAUCACCUAAUUUAUUGUAUGAUUCAGUGAUCGGAUAUUUUUAAAAUUUGUGCGUGUGUGUGUUUUUAUCAUUUAUUGAAUAAUUUUCGACGAUAACGUUUUGUUGAUAUUUUUGUAUAAUUUUUCCUCCGUCGUCGUGGUGAUUGACUGAUUUAUUUAUGAGUAAUACAUAUAAAUAUUUUUUAAAGUUGAGAUAUCUUUAGACAGGAACAUCGUUCGAUUUUGAUUUAUGAAAAGUAGAAGGAUGGCCAAUUGACCUUGGAAGUAAUCUGAAAUUUGUACGUGAAGUGGUCGCGUAGCGUCGGUCGUCUUCGUCUUCGUCGUCGUCGUCAGCUCGAGCGUCAACAACAUCGACAUGAUUGUACAGAAAGAAGAAAAACCCGAUAGCGAUUCGUGGAAUUUAUCGAAUUUGCAAGAUAAGCUGAAAUUCAUCUUUAAAAAUGCCACCGUCGAGCCUAUGCUGGGAUGUUACAUCAUCGCCAGUGUAUUGGCCAAUUUAGCCACGCAAAAUUUAAAUCUGCAGAAAGCCUGUCGAGUAAAUUUGAAUUUCAGCGAUGAGGUUUGCACAGCAUUGGAAAAACGUCAAACUGCUAACUACACCCAGGAGGAAAUCCAAGUACAGCAAUUGGUCGCCGAGAUGAUUAUAUGGAAGACUAUCGUCCAGAGCAGUAUUCCCGCAGCCCUUAUAAUCUUCAUUGGAGCUUGGAGCGAUCGUACAGGUCGCAGGAAACCUGGAAUGUUGAUGCCAAUCAUUGGAGAAUUCCUGACCAGCAUUGGGCUGAUGCUGUGCACGUAUUUUUUCUACGAAUUACCCAUGGAGGUGGCUGGAUUGACGGAAGCUAUAUUCCCAGCCAUUACUGGAGGUUGGAUGACCAUGUUUAUGUCGGUUUUUAGCUACGUUGGGGAUAUUACCACGGUGCAGACGAGGACUUUGAGGAUAGGAGUGGUGAAUGUGUUUUGCAGCGUUGGUAUCCCAAUUGGAACUGCCCUAUCUGGAGUUCUGUACAGGGAACUCGGAUCGUACGGGGUGUAUACGAUUUCCUCGUUUUUAUACGUGUUCAGCUUCAUGUACGGAUUGUUUGCGGUGCCGGAAUCGGGUAAAAAAGAAGAAGAAAGGGUUAAAGAAAAAAAGGAGAAAAAGGAAGAGCAGCCGUUCUUUUUGAAAAAGUUUUUCGAUCUGCAUCACAUUAAGGAGGCUUUCGCUGUCGCUUUCAAAGAUGACGGACACAGUAAAAGAUUGAGGAUCAUUUUGCUAAUGGUGGUUGUCAUCGUCGUCAUGGGACCUAUGCACGGUGAAAUGACUGUUUUGUAUUUAUUUACAAGAGUACGUUUCAACUGGGACGAGGUCGACUUCAGCAUCUUCUCCACCUACAUGAUGGUUACCAACCUUCUAGGAACCAUGUUUUCGGUAGGUGUAUUCAGUCACGUGCUUCAAAUCGACGACGCUCUCAUUGGCGUGAUGUCUUGUAUGAGUAAGAUUCUCGCCGGCUUCGUGUAUGCUUUUGCGACGACGGAUUUCGUAUUUUAUUUGGCUCCAUUAGUCGAUAUUGUAAAUGGUACAUCGUUCAUAGCGAUGAGAUCGAUUAUAUCAAAACUCGUCACACCGGACGAAUUAGGUAAAGUGAAUUCGUUAUUUGGUGUUUGCGAAGCGAUAGUUCCUUUGAUUUACGGACCAAUGUAUAGUUACAUUUAUCGUACUACUUUGAAUACUAUGCCUGGUGCUUUCUUCUUGAUUGGAGGCGGAUUGACGGCCCCGGCUGUUAUUAUAUUUUGGUGGAUGUACACCAUACAUCGUAAAAAAGCCAAAGAACUGAAAUCCAAGCAGGACGCCGAAGCUCAAAAACAAAUCUCAACCAUUGGUAACACGAUGCAAAAGCCUAAAAAACACAGCAUCGAUUUUAUGCUAACAGCCAAUGAUUUUGACCUACGAACAAUUCUAGAUCGACGAACAACCACUCACAGAGGAUCUGCUCAAUUUAUCGGUAUCGACAACAUGGCUUUCCAGACGACGACCGAUAAAGAAGAAAACUCGUAAUGCUCGGUGCAGUAUCCUCUCUUCUACCUACCACUCUGCGGUUUAAAGCUCCUGUGCCAAGUGUUUUUUUACUUACUUGAAUUCGUCAAGUAUCAGAGAUUAUGGUCCUUUGCCCCCCUCCAAAUAUUUUCACUACUACGUACCCCAAAAUACCCUUUCGACCACAUUAGGAUGAAUUUUUUUCUACUCUUGAUACCUUUUCGAUGAUUAACAUUGGUUUUUGUUGCACUAUAAGUAAGCUCUGGUUGUUCAGUGUGUUUGUAUACCGAAGCGAAAUUUCCUUUUCGCUUUUUUUCCUGUUUGCAUUCUGUUUCUGCUAGUAUGAUGACGUGAAACGCAGCUCGGUUAAUAACGUAUUAAGUAAUAAAGCAACCUCAGAUAGGCGAACAAUAGUUAUUAUUCAGCUGCAAAAUUAAUAAGUUUUUCUUCCCAUGAAGUAUGAUAUUUUUUUUCCUCCGACUUCAUUGUCCAAUCCAAUACUUUAAAACAUUUUUAACACGUUGUAAUUAAUCUAACGUUAUUACCACUUUGCGGAACAAUGAACGCUUUCGUAAUUUUUUUUUCUUCUUACAACUCGUAUGGAAUAAAAAAAAAACGCAAGUUGGCUUAAUUUUUCUUCCCAUAGCCAUUGAUCAGACAAUUCGCAAGUUUUCUCCAUUCGUCUUCCAGAGUCCUGCAGAUCCGGGCCCAAGUUGUUUUAUUUUCUAAUAACUGUGAUAUAUUGAGUAAUGUUUAUGGCUUUUAUUUGUAUUAUUAUCUAAGACGUAUUUUGUAAAUGUAAUAUUUGAGUUUUUUUUUUUUAAAGUAUUUACGAUAUUCUCUUCUUUUCAUUCGUUCGUUCGUUAUGUGUGUAAUGUGUAUGUGUAGUCGUCUAAUACGUAUCGUGUGAUUUGUCGUGUUUUUUUUUCUCUCAAAGUUGUGAUAUUUAAGAUUAGUUCGAGAAGAAUUUGUCGAAUUGGUAGGCCAGGUGCCAUAUUAUCUCAUUUUGAGAUGAGUAAUUUGACGAAGGUUCCAAUACGGCGAGUCCGGACUAUAAGAGCUAUGCCUAUACCUACGGUGCUCGAAUUGUAUAUACCUACUUAGACUAUUACCCUACCUAUGUUUUAUGACGUGAAAGUUUAUUUUAUUAUUUUUUUUGUGCGUGAAAAUUUGUUACAGUAUUGUGUCCAUUGCAUAUAAAUAAUAAAAUAUUUAUUUUUAAAAA